UCCCGUUCCAUCCCGGCGCCAUGGACUGCUACACGGCCAACUGGAACCCGCUGGGCGAGGACACCUUCUACCGGAAGUUCGAGCUCUACACCAUGGAGUGGAACCUGAAGGAGGAUCUUCGGGACUGCCUGUUGGCUGCUGCCCCAUACGGAGGCCCCAUAGCUCUGCUCAGGAACCACAGUCGGAAGGAGAAGGCUCCGGGUGUGCGUCCGAUGCUGGAGAUCUAUUCUGCAUCAGGGCUGCUCCUGGCCAGUGUCCCGUGGAAGAGCGGUCAGCUGGUGCACCUGGGCUGGACCACGAGCGAGGACCUGUUGUGCAUCCAGGAGGACGGCACCGUCCUCAUCUACAACCUGUUCUGCGAGUUCAAGCGUCACUUCAGCAUGGGCAACGAGGUGCUGCAGAACCGCGUGCUGCAGGCUCAGGUGUUCCACAGUGACUUCGGUACCGGUGUUGCCAUCCUGACCGGUAACCACCGGUUCUCCCUGGCCACCAACAUCGAGGACCUGAAGCUGCGGCGGAUGCCGGAGGUUCCCGGGCUGCAGAAGGCUCCGGCGUGCUGGGCGGUGCUGGCACAGGACAGGGUCACUAUCGUGUUGUUGGCGCUGGGGCAGGAGCUGUACCUGUUGGACAACACCUCCUGCUCCGUGGUGACCCCCCCCGGGAUGAGCCCCUCGGCCGGUGCCUACCUGCACAUGGCUGUGUCCUUCAACCACCGGUGCCUGGCGCUGCUCACCGACACCGGAUACAUCUGGAUGGGGCUGGCGUCACUCAAGGAGAAGCUCUGUGAGUUCCACUGCAGCAUCCGCUCCCCCCCCAAGCAGAUGGUUUGGUGCAUGCGGCCCCGGAGCCGGCAGCGUGCGGUGGUAGUGGCCUGGGACCGGCAGCUCCUGGUGGCCGGAGGCUCCAGUGAGAGCAUCCAGUUUGUGCUGGAUGAGGACUCGUUCCUGGUGCCGGAGCUGGACGGGGUCCGGAUCCUGUCCCGGAGCUGCCAUGAGCUCCUACAGGAGAUCCCAGAGGCCAGCCAGGAGAUCUUCCGCAUCGCAUCCAUGGCACCGGGGGCACUGCUGCUGGAGGCACAGAAGGAGUAUGAGAAGGAGAGCCAGAAGGCAGACGAGUACCUGCGGGAGAUCAAGGAGCAGCAGCUGCUGCCCCAGGCUGUGGGUCAGUGCAUUGAGGCUGCAGGACACGAGCAUGAACCGGAGACGCAGAAGGCUCUGCUGAGGGCAGCCUCCUUCGGGAAGUGCUUCCUGGACAAGUUCCCCCCCGAGGGCUUCGUGCGGAUGUGCCAGGACCUGCGAGUGCUCAACUCCAUCCGGGACUAUCUGAUCGGCAUCCCCCUGACCUACACACAAUACAAGAGGCUGAGCAUUGAGGUGCUGCUGGACAGACUGGUCCAGCGCCGCCUGUACCCGUUGGCCAUCCGGCUGUGCCAGUACCUGCGGCUGUCGGAGCUCCAGGGCGUGAGCCGCAUCCUGGCUCACUGGGCCUGCUACAAGGUACAACAGAAGGACAAGUCAGAUGAGGAGGUGGCACAAGCCAUAAACCACAAGCUGGGGGAUGCAACUGGGAUCUCCUAUGCUGAGAUUGCUGCUCGAGCCUAUGACUGCGGCCGCACCGAGCUGGCCAUCAAGCUGCUGGAGUUCGAGCCCCGCUCAGGGGAGCAGGUCCCUUUGCUGCUCAAGAUGAAGAGAAGUAAACUGGCUCUGAGCAAGGCUAUAGAGAGCGGAGACACUGACCUGGUGUACACUGUAGUUCUGCACCUCAAGAACGAGCUCAACCGUGGAACCUUCUUCAUGACACUGCAGAACCAACCGGUGGCUCUGAGCCUCUACCGACAGUUCUGCAAGCACCAGGAACGGGACACGCUCAAGGACCUCUAUAACCAGGACGACAGUCACCAGGAGCUUGGCAACUUCCAUGUCCAUGCCAGCUAUGGGGAGAAGCGCAUCGAGGGCCGUGUGGGGGCUCUGCAGAGUGCCCUGGAUGAGUUCUACAAGGCCAAGAAUGAGUUUGCAGCCAAGGCCACCGAGGAGCAGGUGAAGCUGCUGCGGCUGCAGAGGCUCCUGCAGGAGGAGCUGGAUCAGCCUUACCUGGACCUGUCCCUGCACGACACAGUCACCAACCUCAUCCUGCAUGGACACAACAGGCGCGCGGAGCAGCUGUACCGGGAGUACCGGAUACCGGAGAGGAGGUACUGGUGGCUCAAGCUCACUGCUUUGGCUGAACGCGGUGACUGGGAGGAGAUAGAGAAGUUCUCCAAGAGCAAGAAGUCUCCCAUUGGGUACCUGCCCUUCGUGGAGGUCGCAGUCAAGCACCACAACCGCUACGAGGCCAAGAAGUAUGCGCCCCGUGUGCCCCCCGAGCAGCGAGUCAGAGCCUUCGUCCUUGUGGGGGACCUGGAGCAAGCAGCCGACGCUGCCAUCGAGCACCGGAACGACACCGAGAUGAGCUUCGUCCUGUCCCGGUGCUCAGCCGGCACCGACGCUGCCAUAGCCGAGAGGCUGAGCCGGGCACGGGCUCAGCUGCUCAAGAAGUGACCCACACUUGGGGGGCAGAGGGUCCCAGCCCCACAUGUGCCUAUGGGGCUGCCCCAUAGUGCGUUCCUAUGGGG